AUGGGUCCGACUCACGACCACACCAUGAUCGCAAACCAAUCUCGAUGGACAAUACUGAGGAAUGGCUCCUCUCGCCGGUCAAAAGUACUCGUUGGCGCCUUCUUCAUCUUCUUACUGUCCGCGAUCUUUGUACUGCAGCCACACUGGCACGUCGCCAGCUCCGGACUACCAGUGCCUAGCUUACACCGACCUACGCCAGAGUCUACACCCAAGGGGCCGGCCGGGAGCGAUGGUGGCGAUAACGGCGCUGGCUCACGUACAGCUGUUAUGACGCCGGACGCUGACGGGGUCCUCUUGUCCGCGGGAACGCCUAUUUUCACAUCGCCUAGCGGUCGUCACGCUCUCGUUCUGCAGGAUGACGGCGACCUGGUUCUCAACAGGGUUGAUGAUGACGGCAGCUCUCAUGCCGUGUGGUGGACCGCGACAGGUGAUUUGCACAAGGGCGGGCGCACAGUCAUUCUUGAGAAUCAACAAGGCCACGUUCGUGUCGUAUUAAAUGCCAUGUUGAAGAAUACGUGGACGACGGUUUGGCAUAGCGACCUCGAGCCGGCCUGCAAGAAGACACAGGGAGGCAUUAUGGGACGGAGCGAGGACGGCGGGUCGCAAACAAUCACCAAGUCGAAGAGAAGCUCUGGUCAACUCGAGCUGUCGGAUACGGGGAGACUAUCGAUUCGUGGGCUAUGCGAUUUGUACGUGCCACCGAGUGAGCGCGAAAAGGAGCGCAGUCUGGCUGUCAUCAUUGCCGGCCUGUACAGGACCAACCACGUUACCUGCAAGACGCACAUGUCGGAGCUCAUCGCCGACCACCCGGCUUUCUCGAGGAUCGACGUCUUCGCCUACAUGCUCUACGAGCCUGGUGACGUAGAUGUGUUCAACCGAACCAAGGAGUCCAUUGAAGCGAACCUGAGGGAGUGCUAUGGCACACACUUGCGAUCGGUCGACGUUUUGCCUGUGAGCGAGACGGAGGUGGAAUAUCCCGGCGGCACGGAGGCGAUGGCGGCGACACCGUGUGGCGAAAGACUGGGAAGAUUGAACAAUCAGCUGAGAACCGUAUCGUUGGCGGCGGAGAGGUGGUGGGCUUGGAGUGUCACCAACGGCUACACCCAUGACACAGUACUGCGGAUUCGGCCGGACACGUCGUUAUGGGCGAGACCACAAUUCAAGACGCUGGAGGAGCUGGGCCCAAACACGCUCAUUCUGCCACACCCUCGAGGUGAACACUACUUCUACUGUGCGCGUAUGAGCGGGCGCGUCGGUGUCGGACCAACCGAUCAAAUUGCGUACGGAAGCGCGGCGGCCAUGGGCCACUGGCUCUACAUGUACGACCGGUUCCAACAGAUGGUCGACCUUGCAGCAACUCCCUCUCGACCGGCGCUCCGUGACUUCUCGGGAUGCGAGGUUAUGCCGUCAGGUCCCCUGGCAAGCGAUUGCCCGACGCCGGCGCCUUGCUCAAUAGAGUGUCUCGUGGCAUGGUUUCUUGAGGCCCGCGGUGUGGACUUCCACAUCGAGUGGGGAUGGGAGCAGAACCCAUUGAGAUGGAAAGAUAUCGGCCAACUUGGCGCAGAGGAAGAGAGACUGGCCGAUCACGACGACGAGGACGAUGGGAUGACGUGGGGGUGA